AUGGAGGAAAUGGAAGCCAAGUUCUGCAGCAGUGACAAAGAGGAAGCUUUCAAAAGAGAACUACCAUACUGCAUAGGAGAAAUAGACUUCACAGCUUCUGGGAAGAAACGUGGAAAGUUUAUUAAGGUCCCAAGUACCAUUCACCCUGGAAUUAUAUUUGAAGUUAUGCUCAACAAAUGGAAGCUACCUGCUCCCAAUUUGGUUGUCUCUUUAGUAGGGGAAGAAGAAAAUUUCCAGAUGAAGCCUUGGCUACGGGACACCUUAAAAAAAGGACUUAUAAAGGCAGCUCAAAGCACAGGUGCCUGGAUUUUUACCAGUGCUUUACGUGUAGGAAUAACAAGACAUCUAGUGCAAGCAGUCCGAGAUCAUGCACUGGCUAGCACUUCAUCCAAAGUCAGAGUGAUUGCCAUAGGAAUAACUUCACUCAGAAAAAUUCAGCACAGAGAAAUUCUGGAUAACACAAAGAAUGACUGUCUUGUACGCUACGAAUCAGAUGAUAAUAUCCAAGGCCCACUGUAUUCCCUGGAUCACAACCAUUCCCAUUUUAUUUUGGUGGAUCACAUAACACCAGAUGAGCCAGAUGGAACCACUAAGCUACGUCUCACCUUGGAAAAGCAUAUUUCAGAACAGCGUACUGGAUAUGGUGGAACGGGUAGCAUUGAGAUCCCUGUACUUUGCUUACUGGUAAAUGGAGGACCAGGCACACUUGAGAAAAUUUGCAGCGGCUUGGAAAAUUCUGCUCCCUGGCUUAUCUUAGCAGGGUCUGGGGGCACAGCCGACAUCUUGGCUGCAUUCAUGAAUGACCCGCAGCUUAUCACGCCAGAAGCUGUUGAAAAGCAACUUAAGGAGAAAUUCCCAGCAGAAACCUUCUUGGGGAAGGACAUUCUCCGAUGGACAGCAACAAUUCGGAACAUUAUUUCACACCCACAUCUUCUAACUCUGCACAACUUUGAGCAAGACAAUUCAGAAGAACUAGACACAGUCAUUUUGAAAGCUUUAGUAAAAGCCUGUAAAAGUCUCAGUCAGGACGCCCAGGAAUAUCUGGAUGAACUGAAGCUGGCAGUGGCCUGGAAUCGAGUGGACAUAGCUAAAAGUGAAAUAUUCAAUGGUGACGUGGAGUGGAAGUCCUGUGACCUGGAAGAAGUGAUGAUGGAUGCUUUGGUCAAUGACAAGCCAGAAUUCGUAAAAUUAUUUGUUGACAAUGGAGCUAACAUAUCUGAAUUCCUGACAUAUAGUCGUCUGCAAAGACUCUACUGUUCCAUUUCUCAGAAGUGUCUCCUCUAUGAACUUCUACUGAAGAAACAUGAAGAAAGCAAGCUGACCUUGGCAGGGCAACAGCAUAAGGGGCAGAAGACGACCUGCCCACUUUUCACUCUCAAUGAGGUCUCUAGAGUUCUCAAGGAUCUUCUCCAUGACACAUGCAAAGAUUUCUAUCAAGAACUCAGACAUGGAGGCAAGAAGAAAUAUGAUAAAAUGAAUACAAAGCAAGUACCUGGCCCCUUGGAUAUGAACCAGAAAACUGAAAAUCCUUGGAGGGAUUUGUUUGUAUGGGCAGUACUUCAAAACCGGCACAAGAUGGCAAACUACUUCUGGGCUAUGGGUCAGGAAGGUGUAGCUUCAGCUCUGGCUGCCUGCAAGAUCCUUAAAGAGAUGUCCCGCCUGGAGACGGAGACCGAAGUAGCACGUAUAACAAAAGAGGCCAAGUAUGAGCAGCUUGCUGUUGAACUGUUUAGUGAAUGCUACCACAACAGCGAGGAGAGAGCGUUUGCUUUGUUGGUGAGGAAAAAUCAGUACUGGAGCAAAACCACCUGCCUUCAGCUGGCUACAGAAGCGGAUGCAAAGUCUUUCUUUGCACAUGACGGUGUCCAGGCCUUCCUGACAAAAAUAUGGUGGGGAGACAUGUCUACAAGCACACAGAUCCUGAAGUUAAUCUGUGGAUUCUGGUGUCCUUUCCUAAUCUACACAAAUUUAAUAGCAUUCAGUGAGGAAAAACAACCAAAGAAUGAGCCAGAGACAUUUAGAGAGCUGGACAGUUUAGAUACAGAGAAGACUCUGUUUUUUUCCAAGGAAGAUGAUAGGGGAAGUACUAAAUUGGAGAAGCAGAACCCUUCUGAAAACAUAGCGUGGGCGACAUUCAUGUUUACUCGGUGGAAAAAAUUCUGGAGUGCCCCUGUAACUGUAUUUAUGGGGAAUGUUAUAAUGUACUUUGCUUUUCUCUUUCUAUUUACUUAUGUCCUUUUACUGGACUUCAGACCACCUCCACCUGAGGGUCCAUCUGCUACAGAAAUUAUACUUUACUUCUGGGUUUUUACCCUGGUCUUGGAAGAAAUCCGACAGAGUUUCUAUACAGACGAAGACAAAAAUUUAAGGAAAAAAUUUAAACUGUAUGUGGAGGAUAACUGGAAUAAAUGUGAUAUGGUGACCAUCUUUCUCUUCAUAAUUGGGGUAACCUGCAGGAUGCUGAACUCAACUUUUCAAGCUGGCCGUACAAUACUCGCCAUUGAUUUUAUGGUGUUUACACUUAGACUUAUACAUAUUUUUGCCAUUCACAAACAACUUGGACCAAAGAUCAUAAUUGUGGAAAAGAUGAUGAAGGAUGUUUUCUUCUUUCUAUUUUUCUUGAGUGUGUGGCUCAUUGCCUACGGUGUGACAACUCAAGCUCUACUUCAUCCCGACGACAGCCGAGCAGAAUGGAUAUUCAGGAGGGUGCUUUAUCGUCCUUACCUUCAGAUAUUUGGCCAGAUUCCACUGGAUGAAAUAGACACAUCUCGAAUGUAUCCCAGGAACUGUACAUUUAAUCCACUGCAGAUUCUGCAGGAGAACGCCCCAUCUUGUCCUAACAGCUAUGCCAACUGGCUUGUCAUACUUCUGUUGGUCAUCUUCCUGCUAGUCACAAAUGUUCUCCUUAUGAAUCUCCUGAUUGCUAUGUUCAGUUACACUUUUCAAGUUGUUCAGGGCAAUGCGGACAUCUACUGGAAAAUUCAGCGCUACAACCUGAUUGUUGAAUAUCAUGGCCGACCUGCCCUAGCACCACCAUUUAUCAUUAUUAACCACAUAACUCUGGUUCUCAGAAGAAUCUUCAACAAAAUGGAACAUAAAAAUGAACAUCUGGAAAGAGAUCUUCCAGUUGGCCUAGAUCAAAAAAUCAUAACGUGGGAGCUGGUGCAAAAAGAGAAUUAUCUUGUAAACCUUGAACAACAAAGGAAAGAAACCGAUGAAGAAAGACUGAAGGCCACAUCUAAUAAGGUAGAUAAUUUGUCUAAAUAUUUUAGUGGAUUGAAAGAACAAGAAAAGCGGUUUAAAGCUAUGGAAGCCCAGAUUUGCUACUGUACAGCUGUUAUCUCCUCAAUGGCAGAGCUUUUAACCAACCUCUUGUGCAACCAACCAGCUCCAAACUAUACAUGUGUGAUGAAUGCCAACACAGAAGUGCCUUUGCCAGAAAGAAGUGAAAGAGAAGAGCGUGCAGAUCAGUCCGAGACUGACAUCACAUACAUCGAUAAUUAAAUUUUACUUAUUUUGUCCUACUGAACUACUGUAGAAGUAAAAUAAUAAUCUCAUUAAGGCCUAAGGCCCAGCUUGCAGUGUCUUUAUGCCAAGCACUGUCAAUGUUUGACACUACUGAGGAUUUCUUAUUCUUCCUCCUUCAAUUACUUGGGCUUUCUUCCCUCCUGCUCCUAUAAUGCUUGGUUCUUUCUCCAAAACUCCAUUCCACAAAUCACAUUAAAAAACUUUCUUCUCCAGGAUGACUCCACCACCUUACUUCCUAAAUACAAUCUGCCUUCUGUUCUCCAGAUACCAUACCCUCAAUCCAACGUCACCAUUGCUCAUUUACACAUUUCUCUGUUCAAGGGAGUCUCCCUUUUGAAGGGUGAUCAUUUAUGCACUAAAAACCAAGCCACUUCCUUGGCAAAGAAAGCAAGCUCCUACCUCUAAGUUGCUUAGAAAGGAAAUCAAGCAAUAGCUUCCACAGGAAAGGGCCUGGAAUACUGAACUAUUACAACCCUGGAGUUCUUACAAUCCUCAUACUGCACUCACCGUCUUCUCUUCCCAUGCUGGCUUCUGCGAGGUAUUCUUUGCCGGUGUUCCUGACUGAGGGCUCCUCACUCAUUCCCAGAAGCUGGAAUCUCGCUGCGCGGUCCUCAAAGGUGGGGUGGCUUGCAGUCGCUUUCCAAACACAAAUGGGAUGGCCCUCCCGCAGUCGGAUCCCCAAGCCUCUGCUGCUCCUGUUUUUAUUGUAAUGCCAGCCCGUAGCUGCUGUCAGCUUGCUGCUGCUAUUAAAGGAGACUCUGCCUUUGUGUACCAUGGACCACUGCAU